CCAAUGAGGUCGACCCUGAAUGGUUAGCCAGACUCUUGCGAGUCAUACAAGAAGGUUCCAGAAGGAAACAUCUGUAAACGAGUAACUUGUGAUGCUAUUUAUGAUGCGCUUGGUGCAGAAUGAUUCAAGGCUGCUGGGGGUCACGCUCAGGAGAACAAGAAGGAAAGAUCAGCAAGUUCACGCAAACGGACCUAAAAGCUACCUCCAUCCCCCACACCACCGAGUGCCGAAAUAACCGAAGCUCCUGCUUUCCGAAAUACGCACACGACCCCUCGUAAGUCCUUUGAUCGAUGAUUGGACGCAUCGGAUGGACGACUUAAUCGAUGACCCAAUUUGUACACGGGGCAAGAAGGAUUAGACUGACUUUGGAACGCGGGAACAAUGAGCGGCUGCAGCUGUAGCUCGUCAUCAGGAGCGCCACCCCAGACCCGCGCUUCCUGCCUCGCGGCGAGUCUCGCCCCCGCCUCUGCCGGCCAGAGGAUGAGGGCGACCGCAGCUCUCCUGAUGCUCCUGCUCUGGGGGUCUGUCGCGCUCGGGCGGGCACGCCGCGGCGAGAGGCGCGGCAAGGCUCGCGGCGGCACCCGGAAAGGCACGGGAAAGCGCUCCGCCACCGAAUGCAAAGAGUAUACGGAGGCUGGGCAGACGUACCUGGAUUGCCAGGACCGUCAUUUGACCGCGGUGCCCACAGGUUGGCGCGGUCAAGUGGACCACCUGAUUCUAGCUCGCAACAAGAUCCAGACGCUACCGGACAACGCUUUCGUACACUUCAAGGGACUGAAGAGCCUGGACGUGCAGCAGAACCAGCUGGCUGGGAUCGAAGCGAGGGCCUUUGCCGGCCUCAACCAGCUCACUACUCUGCUCCUGCAGCAUAACCAUCUGCGCCUCCUCAGCGAGGAGGCGCUGCUCCCGAUGCCCAGACUCGCCUACCUGCGUCUCUACGACAACCCUUGGGACUGCCAAUGCCAGCUAGACAGCCUGGUCCGGACCUUGCAGGUGCCGAGCAAGCGCAACCUGGGCAACUACGCCAAGUGCGCCGAGCCUCCCGCGCUCCGGGGCCGGAGGCUGAAGAAGGUCAGGCCAGAGCUGCUGUGUCCCGAGCUGGAGGGGAACGUCCUGCAGGAGCCCAGGGAGCACUCGCUGGACCGCACGCCCAUCAAGAGCCAUCUCGAUGUCACCAGCAUCUGCCACACCUACGCGAUCCCCACGCCCUUCCUAGACUGCCAGAACCGAGGCCUGAAAAGUGUGCCAGCAGACAUCCCCUCAUACGCAGUCAAGGUGGACCUGUCCAAAAACAACAUCGGGCAUCUCAAGAAUAAGGCCUUUCUGGGCUCUAAGGAGAUGAGACUGCUGAACCUCAGCAGCAAUGGCCUUCAGCACAUUGAUACAGAUGCUUUCGCUGGUCUCCUGUAUCUCCGGGAGCUGGAUCUCUCCAACAACAGCCUGCGCCACUUCCAGUACGGGGUGCUUGAGGACCUGUACUUUGUACGGAGACUGGCCCUGGGGGGGAACCCCUGGGCGUGCGACUACAACAUUCAUUACCUGGUGUACUGGUUAAAGCUACACCCUGCCGCUGAGCACUCCGGCCUGGUGUGCCGCUCGCCGGCCGAGUUCGCGGGCUGGACGGUACAUAACUACGUCAAGACCUACAAUGGGGAGUGUCCCAAGGACGGGCCGAUGACUCGGGACGCGACCUUGGAUGCCGGCACCCGGAAUCCCAACGCGCUAGAGCCCGGCGACCAGGACCCCGGCGCUCUGGAACUCAACGUAAAGAUAGUGGAAGAUGAGAAAAUACUGCUGCCACGGCCAUUGAGCGGGCCAAAGAAAUACGAAGUCAUACGGCUGACUUAAAUCGAGACGCGUCUCUUAUUGCGAGACGUUCCGCUUCAGUCUGUAUCAGAUGACGGUCGUUUUCUGUGGCACCAUAGUAAUUAUUUUUAUUGAUGAAUUUUCAUUUCCUUUAUACAGAAAGUUGUGUAAAAUUCUAAAUAAUUUGUACUCGUUGUUUCUGUGUCGAUAAAAUAAAAUU